UCCAGGCCCUGUGCGUAACGUGUGUAGGCUAUGCAACCCCAGAACCUACUGCGUCCCGCUGAUCUCAUCGGUUAACGGACUAAAGAAAAGAUGAGAGUUUGAGAAAACACCUUAUCGUUACCGAAUACCGUGACGGAAGUGUAAUGCAACAGUGAAGAUAUCUUGUCGCUCUCGCCAUGCGGAUGGCGCGUUAGGUGAAACUGUAAGCUAAUGUAUGUCCGGUCAGCUGUUUUUAUUUACCGAGAGACAGCAGCAUCACCGGGACGUGUGCACGAGACCACAGACUAGCCUAUACCGGCGAUCCGGACCCCCACAAACGGGCAGGACUAACGGAGAGGAGGACACAGAGAGAGAUGGAGUUUAAGCAGCUGGUGGAGGUGGCGGAGAAAUGGUGUUCGUCGGUUCCGUUCGAUCUGAUCUUCGCGGAGGAGGAUGAUGAGAGAAGACUGGACUUCUACGCAGAAACGGGAAUCUCUUUCUAUGUCCUUUGUCCAGAUAACAUGACGGGAGGGGUCGAGCAUUUCCAUGUAUGGAGUGAGAGUGAGGACUGCCUGCCAUUCCUCCAGGUAGCUCAGGACUACAUCACUUCCUGUGGAAAGAAAACACUUCUGGAGGUCCUGGACAAAGUGUUCACUUCCUUUAGACCUUUGCUGGGUCUACCAGACAUAGAUGAUGAGACGUUUGAGCAGUACCAUGCAGGCGUGGAGGAGGAACCAGAGGCAGACCACCAGCAGAUGGGAGUCAGCCAGCAGUGAUGCCCACAGAUGAGGUGUCCAGUAGGGCUACAAUAACUACCCAUGCCCCUGGUCUCAUCACCUACAACAACACACAGGCCCAACGACCCUGUAGCGACUAUACACAGUCAUAAUGUAUACUCACACACACACACACAGGACAGCCUGCUUCUCUAAAGCUUUGCUCCCCAGAUUGUGCACUCCUUGCCUGCCUCCCUCUCACACACACACACACACACACACACACACACACACACACACACACACACACACACACACACACACACACACACACACACACACACACACACACACACACACACACACACACAGCCGUGCCCCAGCAUUGCCAUACAACUUGAUUAUUAUGAUCAAUAACAACAGACAUUGGUCAUAUAUAUAGUAGAUUACAACAUGACUAGUUACUAUUACUAACCACCUGCAGGCUGGUUCUAGCAACAUGACUAGUUACUAUUACUAACCACCUGCAGGCUGGUUCUAGCAACAUGACUAGUUACUAUUACUAACCACCUGCAGGCUGGUUCUGGCAACAUGACUAGUUACUAUUACUAACCACCUGCAGGCUGGUUCUAGCAACAUGACUAGUUACUAUUACUAACCACCUGCAGGCUGGUUCUAGCAACAUGACUAGUUACUAUUACUAACCACCUGCAGGCUGGUUCUAGAAACAUGACUAGUUACUAUUACUAACCUCCUGCAGGCUGGUUCUAGCAACAUGACUAGUUACUAUUACUAACCACCUGCAAGCUGGUUCUAGCAACAUGACUAGUUACUAUUUCUAACCACCUGCAGGCUGGUUCUAGCAACAUGACUAGUUACUAUUACUAACCACCUGCAGGCUGGUUCUAGCAACAUGACUAGUUACUAUUACUAACCACCUGCAGGCUGGUUCUAGCAACAUGACUAGUUACUAUUACUAACCACCUGCAGGCUGGUUCUGGCAACAUGACUAGUUACUAUUACUAACCACCUGCAGGCUGGUUCUAGCAACAUGACUAGUUACUAUUACUAACCACCUGCAGGCUGGUUCUAGCAACAUGACUAGUUACUAUUUCUAACCACCUGCAGGCUGGUUCUAGCAACAUGACUAGUUACUAUUUCUAACCACCUGCAGGCUGGUUCUAGCAACAUGACUAGUUACUAUUACUAACCACCUGCAGGCUGGUUCUAGCAACAUGACUAGUUACUAUUACUAACCUCCUGCAGGCUGGUUCUAGCAACAUGACUAGUUACUAUUACUAACCUCCUGCAGGCUGGUUCUAGCAACAUGACUAGUUACUAUUACUAACCACCUGCAGGCUGGUUCUAGCAUGGUAAAUACAUCACCCCCCACCCCCAGCCAGGACACCAGGACCUACAGAGAACUGUCAGUGUCAACCAUGUAACACCGUACUGUAACACUGUACUGUAACCAUCCACUGUACCACACAAUGUUAACCAGCACAUUGCCGUGUCCUUGUAACAAUGUUAGCGGUGAAAGUAGAGGGAGGAAUAGAACAGAAUUGUAAUCCUAUGGUAGAAACUGUUCCUCGUGUUCUGCUGUGAGGUCGGCCAAAUGCUGCUGUAUCUAUGUGUCUGUCUGUCUGUCUGUCUGUCUGUCUGUCUGUCUGUCUGUCUGUGUGUGUGUGUGUGUGUGUGUGUGUGUGUGUGUGUGUGUGUGUGUGUGUGUGUGUGUGUGUGUGUGUGUGUGUGUGGCACCACCAUCAGUGCACUGCUUCGCUUUUACUUUCCCCACGGCCCUGAAGGAGUAGGAUGAAGUUGUGAUCACAGGGGCUUGGUAAACUGUUCCUGGAUCUGUGUCUACAGGCAACGUCUGUCUACCUGCAGCCACCUUCUUCCACCACACUGAACUACACAUGUAUCUACAGCGCCUUCAGAAAGGAUUCACACCCCUUGACUUAGUCCACAUUUUGUUGUGUUACAGACUGAAUUUAAGAUGGAUUAAAUACACCAUCCAAAGUGUAAUUAAUAACUUCACUAUGCUCAAAGGGAUAUUCAAUGUCUACUUCUUAAAUGUUUACCCAUCUACCAAUAGGUGCCCUUCUUUGUGAAACAUUGGAAAACCUCCCUGGUCUUUGUGGUUGAAUCAUUGCUUCGACUGAGGGACCUUACAGAUAACUGUGUGGGGUACAGAGAUGAGGUAGUCAUUCAACAAUCAUGUUCAACACUUGUUAUUGCACACAGAAUUUGUCAUUUAAAAAAAAAAUCAUUAGCAAAAAUGUCAAAAAACAUGAUUCCACUUUGACAUUAUGGGGCGUUUUAUGAAGGCCAGUGACACAAAAUCUAAAUGUAAUCCAUUUUGAAUUCAGGCUUUAACCCCCUAAAACUCAGCUCUGGACCUCGAAGCCAGUUCCACUGCAUUUUUUCAGUGUUUGUCUCUAAUCAGGGGCUGGUUUAAACCUGGGACACCAGGUGGGUGAUUCCCCUGUAAUCAGGGACUGGUUUAGACCUGGGACACCAGGUGGGUGAUUCCCCUGUAAUCAGGGACUGGUUUAGACCUGGGACACCAGGUGGGUGAUUCCCCUGUAAUCAGGGACUGGUUUAGACCUGGGACACCAGGUGGGGGAUUCCCCUGUAAUCAGGGACUGGUUUAGACCUGGGACACCAGGUGGGCGAUUCCCCUGUAAUCAGUGACUGGUUUAGACCUGGGACACCAGGUGGGCGAUUCCCCUGUAAUCAGGGACUGGUUUAGACCUGGGACACCAGGUGGGUGAUUCCCCUGUAAUCAGGGACUGGUUUAGACCUGGGACACCAGGUGGGGGAUUCACCUGUAAUCAGGGACUGGUUUAGACCUGGGACACCAGGUGGGUGAUUCCCCUGUAAUCAGGGACUGGUUUAGACCUGGGACACCAGGUGGGUGAUUCCCCUGUAAUCAGGGACUGGUUUAGACCUGGGACACCAGGUGGGCGAUUCCCCUAUAAUCAGGGACUGGUUUAGACCUGGGACACCAGGUGGGUGAUUCCCCUGUAAUCAGGGACUGGUUUAGACCUGGGACACCAGGUGGAUGUAGUUAAUUAUCUGUAGAACAGAAAACCAGCCAGCUCCGGACCUCAUGGGGUAAGAAUUGAAUAGCCCUGCUGUAACAACAAAAUGUGGAAUAACUCAAGGGGUAUGAAUACAGUACUUUCUAAUCUAAAGGCACUGUCUCUCUGAACAUGGCAACUAUAAUACAUUUAACUUUCUCUCUGAAUAGUUUAAAGUCUUUACUUUGUCCUAUAAGCAUGUCUCUUGAUUUGUAUUUCAAUUAUUUAAUACUUUUUUAGUCACGCUAAUCUAAUGUGUGUUUUCUGUUUGACCUCCAGUGUGUAUGAAGGUAUUCAAUAAAACUGUUGGAGGAA